AUGGACCUCCACAUUGAAAGGAAACAUGUGACUGCGGACGUCAACCUUCGCGUUCCGUCGCGCACGAAACUUCAUGUACAUGAGGCCCCACUGGCGAUGCCACAAUGGGACGAUGAAGACGACAACAGCUCCGACGAUGACCAACCUCCCACGCGCGACAACCACGGGGACGCUAGUCAAGACGACGAUAACCAACCCCCCCCGCCACUGGAUCCAGCGGCGUUCAACUGGGACGGCGUGGGUGACAUCCAAGCUCUCCAGCUCAAAAACUCGGAAUUGGUGGCUACCAUCAAGGAUUACAAGCACCACGUCACAGAACUCCAGUUGUUGCUGGAAGCGGUGGAGCCCAUUCCUGGUUUGGACGUCAACACGUUACGGGAUGUGUUGCAAGGCGCCGAAGUCGUGGACCAUGACAUCCGCGACGUCAAGAUCGUGCACCAAGCCAAGAAACUGCGCCAGGCGAAAAUCGCAUUGACCAAGGAAAAGUCCAAAGGCGCCGGCGCGAGCGGCCGCAUUGCCGAGCUCGAGCGGCAGCUCCAUGACGCUGAAGAAAGACAUUUGAAAAGCGAGCGACUGGUGCACAAGCUGCAGCUGGGUGAAAAGCCCGAGCCGAAACACACCGAGUCGGCCAACACGGUGCCACUCAAGAAAUUUGAAGACUUGCGGGUAAAGUACGAAGCCAUGGCGAUCGACCUCAAGAAAACGCAACGCGCGUUGCAGCGGGAGGUGGGGGACGACGUGCCGCUGGCAGAGAUACUGGACGGCGAAGGCGGCGGCAAACGAGGUCGGGCACAGCAAAUCGUCAUGCUGAAGGCCAAAGUGAAGAAGCUGGAGAAGGAGCUGCAAACCCGGACAGCGCCUGACACGGGGGUAGACGCCAAGGCCGAGGUCGAGUUGUUGGCACUGAAAGCGGACAAGCAAAGGCAACUGGACCACGUAGUCGCUGACCUGGACGCGCUCAAAGAUGCCAACGACAAACUCAGUCGAAAGUACGACGCGCAAAAGGCCAGAAUGCACACGCUCGAGAAAGACGCCGGGAAACACAAAACCAAACUCGCCAUCUUGUUGGACAAAUCCCACAACGACGACUCGCUUAUCGACGCAUUGCAACACGAAAUGGACGACCUACGGCGGCAGAUUAGUACCAAUGCAUCUGCACUUGCCAAAGACCAGUUACACCGAGCGCGUACAGCCGACAGCGGCAACAUCAUAGACGCCACUAACACCGUUGAAGCGCUGCGAACGAAGUGUUUGGAGCAGAAGAGACAGCUCGCGCACCAAGCAUCCACGAUCGAAUCGUUUCGAAGGGACUUGCAGCAAGCCCAGAAACUCGAAUCGACCAAAAUAGGCGUCAAUGGCAUGACAGACACCGCCAACCAUCAAGCAUUAGCUAUUGAAAAGGAACGGCUUGUGGAACUCGUCAAGUCGCUCCAGCACCAACUCACUGACGCGAAAAAGGCCGACGCAGCAGUUGCCCCGCCGCCCAAACCCGAAAUUCGAUCCCGCCUCCCACGACUCAAUGGUUCUGACUCUGCUGACGUGGACAAGUUGCGGCGCGCCAUCGAAGCCAAAGACGAAGAAAUCGGGACGUGGAAGGAUGCGCUCGAACAAGCUACAAAGGCGUCAGCGGCGCAAACCAACUCGCGCCUUGUCGCGGACCUCGAAGAAGAAAACGAACGGCUGCGGGACCAAGUGGACGAACUGAAAAAGCAAGUUGUCCUUGGCCAUCGACCUCGCAAGCAUGGAGGGUCAAAUGGGUCGUCAUAA